UCCAGACCUACACUGCAUCCCUCCCGCUGACACCGUUACAACAUGUGAAGGACAGAGACGGUCAGUGAGGGUGUAAACGAGCUGCUGGUUCUUCUGGGACGAACAGUGAUUGAACGACAGAUCUUCAGACUCUCAGCGGCGGACACGAUGCGCAGCUGGUGUCUGACUCUUCAGGCGCUGCUCCUGUGCGGGCUGCUCGGGGCGCAGCAGCAGCCGCUGCUGCCCGGGUCCUGCAACUUUGAGCUGGGCACCUGUGGCUACACGUCGGACCCAGAGUUCGGCAGCUGGAGGAUGAAUGAAGAAGGACAUUUGAUAACGGUGGACUCAGCCUUCCUACACGACCAGGAGCGGGCGGUUCUUGUCAGUCCGGUUCUGGACCAGCAGGAGUGGAGCUGUAUGAGGCUGGUGUACCAGAUCACUGGACGGGGCUCCUUGCAUCUGGACCUCAGACCAGACAGUGAUAACUUUGACUACCGGCUCUGGACGGCCAACAAAACCUCUGACAGCUGGCUCAUUGCAAGUGUGGACCUGGCCAACUCCACCAUCCCCUACCAGAUUCUGCUGGACGGUCGACCAGAACCUGGCUCAGGGAACAGCGUGGCCAUCUUUGAAAUCCACAUUGUUCCUGGUUACUGUAUAGAGUGUGACUUUGAAGAGCAUCACCUCUGUGGCUACAGCAACAGCUGGAACCCAAAUGUCAACUGGUACGUUGGAGGGAGUGUGAUCAGAGAACCAGAGUCCAACCUGCUGGAAGACCACAGCAGCAGUAACCAGAGAGGCCACUACAUGUAUGUGGACUCCGUGUAUGCCAAGCAUUUCCAGGAAGUGGCCAAGCUGACCUCCCCCAUGACCACGGUGCCCAUGGCCGGCUGCCUUUCCUUCUAUUACCAGCGAGACCAGGAGAGGGGAAACAUCUUCUCAGUCUUCACCAGAGACCAGCUGGGCCACUACGAGGAGAUCUGGAGGCCGGAGGUAUACUUUACUGCAGGCUGGACCAUGGUCAGCGUGGACAUCAAGGCCCCCCACCCACUGGAGGUGGUGUUUGAAGUGGCCUUCAACAGUGCCAAAGGUGGAUACGUGGCCAUAGACGACAUCUCCUUCUCCCCUGAGUUCUGCCACACUGACACAGAGCCGACCUUUGACCCCUCCAUAGCCAACUGUGACUUUGAGAACGGCCUGUGUCUGUACUACGAGGAGAGAGCAGAGAUGAAGGCGUGGAGCAGAGCUUCAGUCAAACCUAAUGCCUACAGGACAGGAGACCACACCACAGGAGCAGGCUGUUUCCUCCUGGCUAACACUUGUUUAGCCUCGAGGCCCGGUUACGUGGGUCGGCUUCACGGUCCCUUCUUACCGGGGAACCACAAAUACUGCCUGAGGUUCUACUACAUGCUUCAUGGAUUUAAAAAAGUGGAAAGUGCUCUGGCUGUUUACAUUUAUGAUGAGAACAACGUGGCCCAGGAGAAGGUAUGGAGCCUGGCUGACACGUCCAGGGCCAUGUGGACUCAGGUGGAGGUCACCUACAGGAAGCCCAUGAUUUCCAAGGUUGUGUUCGUCAGCAUAUGUAAGAACCUCUGGGAAUGUGGCCUGAUCGCCAUCGAUGACAUCACUGUCAAUGUGGGGGACUGUCAAAUCACAUCAGGCUCCCUCCCAGGCCAGUGUAACUUUGAAAGUGGAGUCUGCGGGUACACCCAGGAUAAGACGGGAGACGAGGCCGACUGGCUGCGAAUCCGAGGAUACACCCCCACCUCCUACACAGGACCCAGAGGAGACCACACCACUGGGGUGGGUUACUUCAUGUACAUCGAGGCAUCACUCAUUCGUCCGGGUGAAAAAGCUCGGCUGCUGACCUCUGACCUGCGGGGCUCCUCGUCCCCUCAGUGUUUGAUCUUCCACUAUCACAUGUAUGGAUCAGGCACCGGCAUACUGAGCGUGCUCCUGCGCCACAGCAGCAGAGAGCGGGACACGCUGCUGUGGAGGAGGCGUGGCGAGCACAGCGUCAGCUGGAUGAGGGCGAUGGUGGACUACCACUGUGAUGCCCGACACCAGAUAAUAUUUGAAGCCAUCCGGGGCCCAUCACUACGAAGUGACAUUGCUAUUGAUGACAUCAGUUUUAAAAGGGGACCAUGUGAAGAUCCUGGUGACAUCACUCCAUACUCAGGCUUCUCAGAGUACUUCAAUGAGAUUGAGAACUGAUGUUGAGACUGGAGGGAAGAGCUUCUGUAUAAAUGCUUGGUAGUUUUUCAGAGUGUGAAUGUGAACAAUCCACCGAGACAAUUUACAGACUUGUAGAGCAAAGCUUAUGAUGCGGCCUGGACCUGCACCUCCCUGUUCUGCUGUCAGCCCUCACUGCCCCAGUCCAGUACCCCUCAGUGUGUCUGCUUUAAUCUUCAGUUUCAGAUCAUGGUUCAGGAUGAGACAGGACAGGAUCAUGGAAUAUUGUGUACGUAUUAUACACAGGGGAAUGACUGUGAUUUCUUGUCCUGACAUCACACCUCAGUUUCAUAACAUUCUCAGUUACAAACUCACAACCCAGAGUUCAUGCCUGUUGACACUAUGCACAAAAUAUCCUAUGAAUAUAUGUUUGGUCUGUCACAGUUUUGAUCCAGAGGGAACUUGUUCAACAUCCAGAUCCUGACAGUUUGACUACAGAGUCGGUCUGAGACAUAGAUAAACGUAACAAGUGCUCCAGUGGUUCAGUAUUACAGCUCCAUAAGACUGGAGGACUGACAUGUGACACAUUAAAGAAAAAGAGUCCAAACAAAGGAGGCAGAAUGGCCUGACUUUAUCCUGCUGUGAGUCAAGCUCCAAAAACACUGAUUCCUACAGUUCCCAUGAUGCACCUCAAGAGUAUCUUUUCACUAGAUACUUGAUAAACAGUGGAGUCUUUCAAACUUAAUGAGUUUAUAUUGUAGCCUGGGAGGCAGUGAGGUGGUUUCCAUGGUUACUCUCUAACCUUCUCUGCAUCUAAAACAUCCUGACUGGGUCAUGUUCAGAGGCAACAGGUUCACACCCAGAGUCCUGUCUGUGGUUUAGACAACAGCAGCUCUUUGGUUCUGGUUCUGGUUGGUGAAAGAUGGUGGUUUUGGUUUAAUGUAAAUAAACAGGUUGUGUCUGAAGUCACUGAACUUUUUCUAUAGGAGAACCAACCAGGAUCUUUCCCUAACCUGAACCAAAUCCUGUUCGACCCAGAUAUGUAACAUUAAAUGAACAUUUCCUCUUUAACAGAAAACUUAACCUGGUUACAGUCAAGUUUCCUUCUGAACGUAUUUACUGUCACUGAGUAGCUGUAUAUAAACCUAAUUUCUAGGAGGUGCGGCUGCAGAAGAGUGUGACUUUUUUGAGGGGGGUGUCAAUCAGAAAACAUGUUUGAUAUGCUUAAUAAAAAACAAUGGCAUAUACUUAUAAAAAUGAACAGGACAGAAAAGUUUGUCUGUAAUAACUUGUUUUAAAUAAAAUCCUGGUUGUCCCUGCA